AUGGCAAGAAAUAAAAAGAUUAAAAACAAUGAUAAUCAAGUUAAUCAACAAAAGAAUAAUGAUAUUUUUGUAAAUCUACCAUUUCUUUUGUUAAGCAAAAUAAUAAGAGAGUUGAAUGAUGACUUGGAUAGAGUGUGCUUCAGUUUGGUUUGUAAACGAUGGUUCGAUCAGAGAGAUAAAUAUCUUUGGUUCAAUUGUAGAGAUUUACCUCAAAAUAAUGAUCUUAUCGAUGAAAAGAAGAAUAAAGAGUUCACUAUGAACUCCUACAGAGAACAAUAUAAGAGAUCACUAGAUCUUAAAUCAGAUUGCACACUAAACAUUAGAUUUUAUACCAACGAUCCUUCAAUCAUUAUAGUAUAUGGUGUACAUACUUCCAAUUUAUAUAAUGAUUCAAUUCUACAAGGAAAUGCUGAUAUUCCACCGUCAUUUAGCAGAAUAAAAUUUGCUAAUAGUAUUGAACUUGGUGAUCGUUUGAUUGCAAAGCUUGCCAAGUCAAAUUUAAGCUCUAUUCAUUUCUGUUCAAAUGUUCUUUACACUGACUCUAAAAUAAGAUUACCAUCAAAUAUCAAGGAAAUCAUAACCAAAUGCUAUAUUUCAGAAUCAUGGUUGUUACCUCUUGAGCUUGAAAGAUAUAGUGUAUCAAUUCCUUCUAAUACCAGAGUGGUUGUCACUGUCGAAACAUCAGAGUUACCAAGAACACUUAGAGUAUUCAAAACAAGUGUACUUAGCCACUUUAAUGCAGUUGACAUUGGCUCUUUUCCACCGAAUCUUGAAGAGUUGCAUUUGUUCGCAGAGAAAGACCAGCCAUCUGAUGACACCACACAACUUCCAUCGACUUUGAAACACCUUUCGAUAUCAACAAGUUGGUUGAAAAACAUUCGUGAUCUCAAAUCAAUUGAAACACUUAAAUUGAUCUACCGGAAUGGUGUUUCACUAAGACAAGAUGAUAUUCCAUCGUAUAUCACUCAUCUCACUUUAUGUAAUCAUGGUAUGGAGAAAUCAAUUACAAAGGAGCUCAUUCCCAAGAAUAUCAAAUAUUUAAAAUUAGAAUAUAAAAUUUGUUUUAAAAGUGAUGUAUUCUCAACAUUCGAACAAUUGGAAACAUUGGAUCUUACCGAACUAGCUAUAGACAAUGAAUCGCUUGAAAUUGGAGAGUUACCAGAUAGUUUAAUCAAUCUUUACUUACCGAAACAGUUCAAUCAACCGAUAAAGAGAUGUAUGGCACUUCCAGUCAACCUUCAACAUCUGAGUUUAGGUGAAGUAUUCAGUGGCAAAGUAGUUGGACUGCCGACAUCAUUAAAGUCGAUUAGUAUCUGCGGAACCUCAAUGUUAACACCAACUUCCUUCCCCAAAUCGAUUGAGUCAAUCAAUAUUGGGAACUACAGUAAAGUAAUAGAACCUAAUCAAUGGCCUCCUUCAUUGAGAUCAUUGACGUUAGCUAGUUCUUUCAUGGAGGUGAAUGACUUAAACUUUUUUCCUCUCUCAGUAACAUCUUUAACCAUUUCGGAUUCUGAUAAACAUUUCAGAAGACUCUCUGACAAAUCAUUUUUAAGAACUUUGUCACCAAAGAUUUGCAAACCGAAGCGUUGUUUCAACCUCAAAACUCCAUCUCAAAUCGAUGUUUUCAAUGACACAAAAAAAAACACACUUUGUUUUCAUAGAACUCAUUUUAGAUAUGGUACAAUAACAUGGACUACAUCUCCUUCUGAUCCAACCCUGUUUGAGUUCUCACUAAAGGUUGCCUUCAGAAAUUCAUAUUUCAUAGAAAAUCAUUUUACUCAAUACGCUGUAAAUGACACAAUCAACCAUCAUGAUGUAAAAAUAUACAGUUCUUUUUACACAUUCAGUGAUUGUAAAUACUGUGACAUUAAAACUAUUAGAACAGCUUUUGUUGUGAAUCAUGUUGACAAAGUAAAUGAUUGGCUCACCACCGAGAUGAAAUUCCAAUAUCGAUUCACUCAGACAACCGGAACCGCUUACAUUAACUAUUAUGAAGCAGGUCGUUUGGAUACACUUAUCAAUAAUGCAAAUAAAUAUUGGAAUGUUGCAACUGAAUUGAAUUUCCCGGGAUGUAUUGGUGGAAGUUCACCUGCAUCUGGUGUCCUACCAGUUUUGAAUGCCUACAAUGGUAUCGAAAAAUUAUGGCAAGUUCCAGUUGCCGAUAUGACUCCAGGAGCCACCUUUAAAUUCGCUAUGUCAAAUGAGACUGAGAUGCCAGGAACUCAACCAACUGGUUUGAAGGUAUCAGAGAGUGGUCUUGUUUCCUAUACUGCCACUCAAACAGGAAUGUGGAGUGCUCAAAUCAAAGUACAGAAAUAUGUCCAAAAUGCCUACGUCACCUAUAUUAUCAUUGAUUUCCUUAUCAAUGUAACCAAAGCACCAGUAGUUAUCCCGAACCCACCAGUUUUUGUUGAUCCAACACCAGCUAGAUCUACAUAUGUCAAUUUCACUUCCACAAUUGCCAAUUCAGUCACCAUUGUUGGUAUGUCACCACAAACAACAUCAAGUGUAUUGAUCUCCAUUGGAAAUGUUCCACAAGGAAUGACCGUUAGCCCACAAACCAACGGUCCUGCCAACUAUGGAACAAUCAAACUUACUUGGUCACCAACCACCACCCAAAUCGGAGCAUAUGUAAUUUCAUUGGGAUUGGUCGACAGUCAAGGAAUUACAUUGACCUACUCUGUUCAUUCAUUCUAUAUCAGAGUCCUUGUUUCUCCUUGUGGAAAUGGAGCACUAAACCAAACCACUGGUUUGUGCAAUUGUUUACCUGGAUGGGGUGGAAAGAAUUGUACAGAAUGUGACACUGGAUUUUAUGGACCACUUUGCCUACCGAAUCCACCGUGUGCCAAUGGAACCGUUAACUCUGGAAUAAAUGGAGAUGGUCAGUGUAUAUGUGAUCCAGGAUGGUAUGGUAUCCAAUGUAGUAUUAGUUUAACUCAGAGAUGUGAUCCAAAGAAACCAAAUUUCAUCGUAGAUCAAAUCAGUAAUUCAGAUAUGAUUAUCAACCCAACUACUGCUCAAAUCUAUUUGAACAAAGAUGUAACUACACCACUUUCCAUCAAAUCAACCAUUGAAACACCGGCUGCACUAGACUUGUAUUUCAUCGUUGAUGUUUCAUCCGAAAGGUUAUUCUAUUAUGAAUUCCAGGAAUACUAUGCAUCAUUUGAAAAUUCAUUAAACAUUGAAAAUGUCAAUUUUGGAUUAGGAUAUUUCUCUGAUACCAAAAACCAACCAAAUACAUUCCAAAUUCAAAAGUUACUUUCGAAAUCCAUUGUUGAUGAUGUUGAAGCUUUAACAUUCAAGAACGGAGCACCUCAGCCAAACUAUCAAUAUCAAGCAUUGACCUUGGCAGCAUCGACAGUUCAAUGGUCAGCAAACGGAGCCAUCAGAAUGAUGAUUUUAUACACAGACAACAAUCUUGCACCAACCGACAACACUCUUAUCACUACAUUACAAAAUGAACUAGCCAAACAAAACAUUCUCUUAGGUGUAAUUUGUUAUUCAGAUAAAACCAAUUCAUAUUCAUGGCUUACUCCACAAAUUGGUGGACUCAUUAGUUUAAAUGGUUUGAAUUCAGAUUAUUGGUACCAACUGGCAAUUGAUGAUUUGAUUCAACCGAUGAUCAGUUCACCACAAAUAUUGGUAUCAGGCGAUACAUCUUUUAUUUCAAGUGGUCCAACACUAUCAGCUUCCAAACAAGAAUUUGAAACUAAAUAUGUUUAUGUUCAGCCCGCAAAUAUAAAUUCGAAACCAUCGAUUACUACCAGAGUUGUUGGAUUCGGAAAACAAACUGUUCAAAUUCACAUUAAUCAUGCACCAACUACCUCUCCAACCAGUAUUACACUGUUUGAGAAUUCCAAUGCCAUCUUUAACAUUCCGGCAAAUGACAUCGAUGGUAAUAUUCUCAACAUCCAAUUCUCUUCGAUUCCAAGUCUCGGUGUAUUAAAGUUCAACGAUACUCAAACUGUUGUUCUUGGUCAAUCCUACCAGCUUCCCUCUGUCCAAGCCAAUCUUUUCAAGUAUAUUCCAAAUCCAUUCAAAUAUGGAACCGAUCAAGUUAAAUAUACUAUUGACGAUGGUUGUUUAAGUGCUGCCAGUCAAGUAGAUUUUACUAUCAAGAAUGUAAAUUAUGCUCCAGUUUGUGAUGCUGUAGGUGUAACCACUGACCAAAACACACCUGCACCAUUUACCAUUAAGUCAUCGGAUGCUGACCCUGAAGAUGUUGUUACCAUUUCAUUCCAAGGUUUAGCGAAUAUUCUUUCCCUUGGUAGUAUCUCUAUCGCCUCCGUUCCAAUCGCUGAAGGUACUCAAUAUCCAAGUAACUCCAACUUUGUUUUCACUCCAAUUUCUACAGCCACCGCUUCAACUGUCAAAGUCCUCGUAUUUAUUUCCGAUACAAAACUUAAUGCUCAAUGUACUCUUUCGAUCACCGUCAACCGUGUUGCUGUAACACCGACUUUGAACAUCAAUCCAGCACAAAUAAUGGCACCAGAUUCCAAAUUAACAAUUCAAUUCACUGUAUCCGACCCAGAUCCCAACGAAACUCUAAAAGUCACUUUAAGUGCAAUCACCAAGACUAGAGGAACUCUCUACGAUACCAAGAACAUCCCCAUAAGCGGAACAACUUAUACACUUGGUACAUAUCCACUGACAACUUCCAGUAUCGUUUCAUCAUCAAUUUCCUACCAAGCUACAAACGAAGUUUAUUCUGACACCUCCUUUGUCAUUACUGUCACCGAUAGUACUGGAUUAUCCUCAUCAUCCACUGUUACCAUCGAUGUCUCUGGAAGUAUUUCACAAUACCCACCAUUUGCCAAACCCGUUGGUCCUUUCAUCAUUGCUCAAAACAAUCAGACAAAUUCAUUUACUUUAGAUGGAGUUCAUACAAAUCAACCUGGAUACCAAGGUGGUUUCAAAGUUUUCUUCCUCAACAACCCACAGCAUGGAUUAAUUUUAACUGCCAAUGGAAAUUCCCUACCAUCUACUAUUCAAGCACCAUUCUCAGCAAUCUAUAAACCAUAUUCCACAUUCUUUGGAACAGAGCAAUUCAGUUACUAUGUUACAGAUGAUUCGGGACUUUCAUCCGAUCCAGUCACAGUUACCAUCACCGUCACCAAAGUUGACUAUGCACCAGUUAUUACCAUCAUUCCAUCGAUUAUCAAUAUCCAAAAUGUUUGUCCAAAUACUCCUCAGCCAAUUGAUAUCUCGAUUUCAAUUACAAAUAUCAAUCCAAUGACCAAUUUAAGAGUUAAUCUAUUAAAUUCUCCAGCCAUUGGAUCACUCUUGUCCGACGGUAAACCAAUCACUGCACCAGCUUUACUCGAUACCACCAAGCCACUCCAAUAUCUUCCAAGCAUCAAUAACUAUGAUAGUUUCGAAACCUAUUUCAAAGUUGAAGCAUGUGAAGUGUUAUGUUCAAGUGCUUUCUCAAAUAUUUCCUCAGAAAGCGUACCAUCGAAGCCAACUGGAGAGGGUAAAUCGCUUGUAACCGUCCAGAAUCAACAGGUUUCAUUCGCACUUGUCGGAAACGAUUGUCAAGAUUCAACCAAGAUCCAAUACCAAUUCUCAUCGCUCCCAAUGCACGGUGAAUUGUUAGACUCGAACGGAGCACCAAUCACUUCAACCGAUCAAUUAUUCUCAUCCAACUCAUUCACCUAUGCACCAAACAAAGAUGUAUCGGAUCUCAAUUCCAUCGGAGGUAAAGGACCACUUGAAUCAUUCUCCUAUCUUGUCAUCAACAAACAUUCGAUCAGCUCCAUCACCUAUCCAAUUCAAAUCACAGUCAACCCAAUUCCAAUGUUCGUUGGUGAGAGAAAUCUUACAACCCUUGAAAAUGUUAAACUCACAAUUCCAAUCAAAGCAACUGCACCAGAGGGUAAUAGAUACACAAUGAAUAUCACCAGCUUCACUGGAAGAGGACAACUCUACUAUUUCCAAAACGGAGUUGAUCUAGUUAAUAUUUCUUCGAAUGGAUUGGUAUUCACUGAAUCCAAUUAUGUUCUUUAUUACAUGCCACCAAAGGAUACCUAUGGAGUCAAUAUCGAUAGUUUCCAAUUCGCAAUCAAACAAAGAUACUCCUCUGAAAUCUAUACAAUCUAUAUCGAUGUAACCCAUGUCUUUAUUGCUCCAAAAGUUGUCCCAUUAACUUAUAUGAUCAAUGGAACAUCUCACCCAAUCGUUAAUGACAAUGUCGAUCUAUACGUAAAUACAUCGACUAUCAUUACAUUCAAUGUUACUUCCGAUGAUCAUCCAUGGACCGAACUCAAAUCAACAUUCGGAAGUGGUUUGAUGACAGGAGGUGCAGCAUACCAAUUCGAUGAACUAUCAAACGCUGUUGGAGAGAUUCUCAGAUUCAACUCUGAGAUUAAGAGAUCUGCAACCGAUAAUCUUUGGAGAGUUGUCUACGUACCAAACAAAGGUCGUUCCGGUUUGAGACUUUCACAAUUCACUUUGAUUGGUACCGAUCCAUUGAAUAUGACUGAUUCUCAGAGAUUAUUCAUGUCAGUGCUCAGAGUCAAUGUUCCACCUGUUGUCAAUGCCAACCAACUCCAAUACAACACCAGUUUAACCAUUCCAGUUCUAUUCAACAAUAUCAGUGUCUUUGAUCCAGAUUCAACCGAUAAAAACAAUAUUACAUUCACUCUCUCCUUGAUUUCAACAACUACUAACGAGCUUACCUUGGAUGGAUUGAUCAAUCUUCCAUUCGCAUCAUCGGAUUCCUGUAACACCACAUCCAAUCAAGUUAGAUGUUUGGAUAGAAACGAUGCACUCAAUAGAUUCCUCAAUACAAUCACAAUCUCAUUCAACAAAACCGGUACCUACCAAUUGAUUGUCUAUGUCAACGAUCUUGGUUACAACGCAAUCAAUCGUGUAAACAACGAUCUAUCGGACACCAAGAAUAUUACUAUCCUUGUUGGAGCAUCACCAACCGGAUCCAAUAAGAACAAUACUGUUGUCAUUUCUGCCGCAAUCGCCGCAGCCGUUGUUGCAGCAGCUAUCAUUUCUUUGGGUGUAUGGAGAUUAAUGAAGACCAGAGCACCACCAACCGACGCAUUCUUUGGUGACUCACCAUUCAGUGAAGGAACUGUAUCCAGCAAUCCACUCUAUCAGGAAUCAGCAAACACUGGUGUCAAUCCACUCUAUGAAGGUGCUGAUGUCUAA